AUGUUCUUUGCAUCGCUCAAUCACAUGUUCCAUUGUGGUGCCUGGAAUACUGUUAAUCGGAACGUGGUGCGAAGCUAUACCACGGUGACCACUCGGAACUCUUCACUGACGGUUGGAGAUGGAUUUCAUCCAAAGCUUAGAGCUGUCAUCAACCAAUUGGAUGGGGUUGCGCCGAGGUUUUUGCUCAAGCAAGGCGAAAUAAGCAUUUUAUCGCAUCCUGAGGAGUUUUACUCGCUAUUGAAGGAGAAAAUUGCUGGUGCACAGAAACGCAUCUUUCUAUCGUCUCUUUACAUCGGAAAGGCCCAGGACGAGCUGGUAGGAUGUCUUGCAAGUGCUUUGAGAGAAAAUUCCAAGUUGAAGGUGAGCAUUCUUGCCGAUGCUCUGAGAUCAACUAGAGAGGAACCAGAAAGGUGUCCUGCUACUCUUUUGGCUGGUUUGGUGGAGGAGUUUGGCCAGCAUAGGGUCGAUGUGAGGAUGUACCAUACUCCGCAUUUGAACGGUAUCAACAAGGCUGUGUUUCCACGCCGUCUGAAUGAGAUUUGGGGUCUUCAACAUAUGAAGAUUUACGGCUUUGAUCAUGAAGUUAUUUUAAGUGGGGCAAAUUUAUCUCAGGACUACUUCACCAAUCGCCAGGACAGAUACUAUGUCUUCAAGUCUGAAAAAUUGUCAGAUUACUACUUCAAAGUUCAAUCAGCCAUUGGCUCGUUGAGCUACCAGUUGUUACCUUCGAAUUCCAAAUCAACGUUCAGAUUGUACUGGCCCUCCUCCAAUAAGACCUCCGAGCCACAUCUGAACCUCGAAAGAUUCAUUAUUGACUCGACUUUUUUUCUCCACAAAGUUCUCAAGGAGAGCGGCAGCGAGUCCGCAGAGCCCAUUGUAACGCAGCCAAAUGACACAGUUGUUUAUCCCGUUUCGCAAUUCACUCCUCUGAUGAAGCCAGACCAGUCUACUGAGAAACCGGCCAUUCUGCGCUUGCUUUCGUUACUUGAUUCCCCGACCACCAAAUGGACAUUUACCGCGGGUUAUUUCAACAUGCAUUCCCAACUCCAGAAACGGUUUUUGAGUGCUUUGGGCCAAGGAACCAUCAUAACUGCUGCUCCCGAGGCCAAUUCCUUCUACAAAUCCGGCGGAAUCUCAUACUAUUUACCCGCUGCAUACCUGUACAACACAAAGAAGUUCUUGGAAAGUGUGAGGGACAAUCGUCGCGACGCGCAAAUCAACGUCUAUGAAUGGCAGAAUGGAAUAGUCAACACGGUUGGUGGAUGGUCCUACCAUGCGAAGGGAAUUUGGAUCACCGCGCCCGACGAAAAUGAACCGUCCAUAACAGUGGUGGGUUCUUCCAACUACACAAAACGUGCAUACUCGGUGGAUCUCGAAACGAAUGCCGUGAUCAUCACCUCCGACCCAGAUCUGAAGUCAAAGAUGCAGGCAGAGAUAGAGCAUCUCCAGCAGUACACCACCAAAAUUGCCCUGAAAGACUUUGAGAAAGAGGGCCGCAAAAUAAGCCCCGGUGUUGUUCUAGCCACCAAAAUUCUGAGUCCAUUACUUUAA